GGUUUGUCGGUAGGAGCUACUGAAACGCAAGACUGCCACACAUCUGUUCGACCAACGCCAGUUGAUCUAAACGCCAGUUGAUCUGGAACACCGGCUGUUAAUGGCUCGACACAUGAGGUCAAGACUUCCAACAACAUCACAAAGGCUGAAACGCUCACUAACACACUGCAGCACUUAUUAGAAACAAGGCAACAGAAACUGAGAGAAUACUUUCAUCGAAGAACGAGAGUUGUUCAGCAACUUCAGAUCGGCCUCAAGGUCAGACUGUGGCCACAGAGCGUGUGGAGUCCAGCCCAGGGAGCUUCCGUACUGCGCAUGCUCUGUGUGACACAGUUAGCGUCCCGUUACCAUAGCAACGUGUCAGCUCAACUCCGCAGGACACGGAGCAAAACUCAGAAUCAAAUCUUCAUGCCUGCUUUGAUCUUCAUCCUCUGACAGGAAGCAUGUCAUCAUCACCGAGGGUGGGUGUGGUCAGACGCUCGAUGCUGACCGACCCGCUGCUAAUCAAGGCGCCUCUUGGGCGCUCGCGGUCCAAAGGUUUUGCCGUUCCUGGUCCGGACUUCACUUUUGGAACCAGCAGUAACUGGCUGAGGGAUGGAGGCGUGGCGGAAGCUCUUUCCAGCUGGAACGUUCAGCCGCGGCAGGAAGAAUCUGCCGCUCAGCAUGCAGACUUUGUGUCUCUGAACCGCGAGGCGGUGAAGUCUGGCAUGGUGACGCCCAAAGAGCUGAGUCAGUACCGGGCUCAGAGGGCCCAGAGCUCCGCCUCCGAACUGCGGCACGGUCGGCUUCCACGAUGCCGCGAUCAGGUUCCUGACAUCACGUUUGGAGUCAGAAACAGGCCGUCGUCUCCGAUGUCAGACGUCCUGUCUCAUCAGUAUGCUCAGCGCUGGCUCCAUGAUCAGCUGAAGAAUCAAACCAACAACCUCAAAUGCAAGAUGAAACCAGGGUGUAUUCCUGACACGAGGACCAGCCUGCUGAGGAGGAGUAAAUCUCUGCCGGUCAUAGAAACACCACCCAAACCAGCUCGCUUUGCACAGGUCGGUCCGGCUCUCGACACCUUCAGGGACCAGGAGACUCGUGUGCGGGCGUUUGGGGCUCGUCGCUCCAGCUCUCAAACCCAGCGCUCAGUUCUGAGGACCGCCCGUCAUGAAGAACCUGGUGGAAAACGGGUGGAGCCACUCUGAGGAUGUUUUCAGACAAAUGCAAAUAAAAGAUGAAAAGUUCUCACAGCAAACCACAUGUGGUGAGAGAGGAGUCCCCCAGGGCUCUGUGCUGGGGCCCGUUCUGUUCUCCUUAGAAGUCAAUGCUGAUGAUACUUUUCUGUUUCCAGAUAACUUGAAUAAAAUGUUGAGCUGUU